AUGACGAUUCGAUAUUCGCUGGCUAUGCUCAUUCUCAUGGCCGUUAUCGGAUCCAGAGACGCCGGAAACGUAACCUACGACGGACGAUCGCUGAUCAUCGACGGCAAACAUAAGAUCCUCUUCUCCGGCUCAAUCCAUUACCCUCGCAGCACUCCUCAGCCAAACUCGCAGAUGUGGCCGUCUUUGAUAGCAAAGGCAAAAGCUGGAGGAAUAGAUGUAAUAGAUACAUACGUCUUCUGGAACAUUCACGAGCCGCAACAAGGCCAGUUCGAUUUCAGUGGACGCCGAGAUAUUGUGAGGGGUUUGCCUUUCUGGUUGCAUAAUGUGCAGGGGAUUGUCUUUAGAACAGAUAAUGAGCCAUUCAAGUAUCACAUGAAGAAAUUUGUACAAAUGAUUGUUAAGAUGAUGAAAUCGGAAAACUUGUAUGCUUCCCAAGGAGGGCCUAUCAUACUCUCACAGAUUGAGAACGAGUAUGGGAUGGUAGCUAGAGCUUUUAGACAAGAAGGGAAAUCAUAUGUCAAAUGGGCAGCAAAAAUGGCUGUGGAGCUUGACACAGGAGUGCCAUGGGUCAUGUGCAAGCAAGAUGAUGCCCCUGAUCCUUUGAUUAAUUCUUGCAAUGGGAGGCAAUGUGGAGAAACAUUUAGAGGACCUAAUUCACCAGACAAACCUGCAAUAUGGACUGAGAACUGGACGAGUUUUUAUCAAACAUAUGGCGAGGAAGCAUUGAAAAGGUCAGUUGAGGAUAUAGCGUUUCAGGUUGCUCUAUUCAUCGCUAAGAAUGGAAGUUUUGUAAACUACUACAUGUAUCAUGGAGGAACAAACUUCGGGAGAAAUGCUUCGCAGUUCGUAGCCACCAGCUAUUAUGAUCAGGCUCCACUUGAUGAAUAUGGAUUACUUAGGCAACCAAAAUGGGGACACCUUAAGGAAUUACAUGUUGCAGUUAAGCUCUGUGAAAAGCCUCUACUUUCUGGACUGCGAAGUACAAUAUCUUUGGGGAAGCUACAAACUGCUUUUUUGUUUGGGAAGAACGCGGACCUAUGCGCUGCCUUGCUAGUGAACCAAGACAGAAUCGAGUCUACUGUGCAUUUUUUAAAUUCUUCAUACCUUUUGUCUCCAAAAUCUAUAAGUGUCCUGCCAAACUGCAAGAGCGUAGUCUACAACACUGCCAAGGUUAAUGCGCAAUACAACACGAGAACAAGGGAACCAAGAAGAAAUUUGUCUUCUCCUCACAUGUGGGAGGAAUUUACAGAGACUGUCCCGAGUUACGAUGAAACGUCAAUAAGAUCAGAAUACUUGCUUGAACACAUGAAUACAACACAGGAUACUUCUGACUAUCUGUGGCAAAUAUUCAGGUUUCAACAACUUGAACAAGCUUCAUCAGUUCUUAAAGUCAACCACAUUGGACAUGUUCUACACGCAUUUGUUAAUGGGAGAUUCGUAGGUUCUAUGCACGGAGCUUUCAAAGCGCAGAGAUUUCUGCUAGAGAAAAAUGUGUCAUUGAUCAAUGGCACAAAUAGCAUUGCAUUACUCAGCGUAAUGGUUGGAUUACCGAAUUCAGGAGCACAUCUAGAAAGAAGAGUCGGUGGAUCACGGAACGUAAAGAUUUGGGAUGGAAAACAUGCAUUGUACUUCAACAGAUAUAGUUGGGGAUAUCAGGUUGAGAUGCAAGGGGAGAAAUUCCAAGUUUACACCGAACAUGGGGCGGCAAAAGUUCAGUGGAAGCAGUACAGUGACUCCAAAAGCCAGCCUCUGACUUGGUACAAGGUUUCUUUUGAUACACCAGAGGGGAAAGAUCCAGUGGCACUGAACUUAGGAUCAAUGGGAAAAGGAGAAGCUUGGGUGAAUGGCCAGAGUAUUGGUCGGUAUUGGGUCUCAUUUCAUACUUCAAAAGGGAACCCUUCUCAGAUAUGGUACCACAUACCGAGAUCAUUCCUUAAACCCAACAGUAACUUGCUAGUCAUCCUGGAAGAAGAAAGAGAAGCGAAUCCUCUUGGUAUAACUAUAGACACAGUGUCAACCACCGAAGUCUGUGGUCAUGUCUCCACUUCACAUCCUCCUCCUCUGAUCUCUCCGAGAAGAAAAAGGCAUGAACACAGACAUCUAAAACACCGGUAUGAUACGAGGCCUAAGGUUCAGCUCCAGUGUUCUUAUAGCAGGAAAAUAUCAAAGAUACUGUUUGCGAGCUUUGGCACUCCAAAUGGAAACUGUUGGAGCUAUUCUCUUGGAAGAUGUCAUUCACCGAACUCUUUAGCUGUUGUACAGAAGGCUUGUCUUGGCAAGAGUAGGUGUUCUGUUCCAGUAUGGAGCAAAACAUUUGGCGGUGAUUCAUGUCCACACAUUGUUAAAUCCCUGCUUGUUCAUGCUCAAUGCUCAUGA